CAUCUGGCAACAGCUGUCUGGUUCGAGUAAAAAAAGGAGGCCGACGAAUUCGCACCGAAGUGCCACCGCAAGUUUAAUGGUUGUCAUCGCCCCGUAAAAUUCACUGAAAAUCGGUCCGUUUUCGGGAGUGUUUCGCGUUCGGUUCGGUCCCCAAUCGAUGUGCCCUGGCGGGAGUGUAUGGUCACCGUGCUAGAAGUGAAUUUUCCGAUGGAAAAAUGAUGGAAACGCAGGAAGAGACAACAUCCGCCAGCAACACCAAUAACAAUAUCAAUAGCAGUAGCAGCAACAUUGAUGCUGGUAGUAAAGGAGCGGGUGGUGGCGGAAGGAGGAGGUAGCACUAAUGGCCGGAUUGAAACUUCUGAAGUAGCAGCAGCGGGGUCGCAAUCCGUGGGUGCACUUUGCCGUAUAUGUAUGUUUGAUGGACGUCCGGAAGAUGGCCGCUUGCCGUUGGAAUCUUUAUUCCGGACGACGGUGGAAUCGAAGACGCUGUACUCGAUGAUGGUCAGCGUUUGUUCCCCCUUGGCCCAAGCGAAUAAUGACGGAAUGCCAGAUAAAAUAUGCGCGGGGUGUAAGGGGAAGCUGGUCCAGGCAUAUAAGCUUUAUGAAAUGUGUAUUAAGAGUGACGAAAGAAUUCGGAAACUUUUGAAAAGCCAAGCCCUCGGGGGAGUGCAGAUUAAGCAGGAGGUAAUUGACGACGAGGACGAUGAUGUUGAAUUGGCCAAUGUGGAACUGUAUUACGAUGGCCAGGUCAAAGCGGGAAGAUGCUUACGAACAGGAAAUUGGUUUGAUGGCCAGUUCUAUGGGGCGGCAUUCGCUCAAACUAUUCAUAACACCCCCAAUUUGCGAAUUCAGUCUGUGCGAAACGGACCGGAAGUUUUGGUCCAAUUGCAGGAACAUAGCUUCCCCACGAUUAUUACUCCGAAGCCAGUUUUCCAGUGUGAGAAGUUUGUGAAAGUCACCCCGAAAGGUCACCAUUGCAUUCUCUGUGGCAAAGAUUUUAAGUAUUUCAGCUACUUCAAGCAACAUGCCCUGGCGCAGCAUGAUCCGGAAAAGCCCUUCAAAUGCGAUCAAUGCAAGUACACCUUCAAAACCGAACAGCGAUUGUUCAUUCACAUGAGAACACACAUUGAACCGGAACUGCCACCCGCGCCGGAACGUGUCGUUUUUCCGGAGAAGGAUUUGUCAGAAAGCACGCCAGAUUUAGAGUACGAAAACACGGACGAUUUGAAUGAAGAAGAGAAGAAAGAUCUCGGUAUUUGCAUUAAUCCGGACACCGGGGAAAAAAUCUACAAAUGUCUCAUCUGUCAGAAGCAGCUGACCACUCUUCCCCUCUACCAGCGGCAUCGAACGGUCCACACAGUACGGGGGCGUCCAUUCGAGUGCGAUAUUUGCCACUACCGCUUUGCCAUGAAAUUCAGCUACAACGCGCAUAUGCUGCGCCACCAGCAAGGCAAAGAUCCCGCUCAACCUGCCUCCUACAAAUGUUCCGAAUGUGACGAAGCGUUCCCCAAGCGGAAACUGUUGAAUAUCCACAUGGUGGCAGAACACGACACAUCAUCCAUGGAAGAGCCCCUCAACAAGACCGCUCCGGCUGCCAUCCUGACCACCAGCAUCAUCGACGGCCGCCAUGGUCAUGUUUGCCCCAUUUGCUCCGAAACGUUCAACCGCGAAUCGGUCCUCAACAAUCACAUGAAAACCCACGAACUCGAAGCUGCCCAACUCAGACAUUCGGAGAUCUGCUACGCCUGCACUGUCUGCGGCAUCGAGUGUGAAUCGCGCGAAAUCUUCGACAACCACAUCAAAACUCACCCAGAUUUCCAAGCGUCCAAGGACCAGCAGAACGCAUCCGCUCCGGAAAUCCUCGACCUCAGCGACGACGAGCAAAUGGCCCAGAACGGCUCGGAAGAUCCCCUCAGCCUGACCCCCAAACCGGACGCCAAACCCGCCGUCCGCUGCGAACUCUGCCACAAGACAUUCCCCUACGCGUGCAAUCUCAAGCAGCACAAAAUCAUCCACCACUCGGAGCUGAAACCGCACGAGUGCAAAAUCUGCCACUACCGGUUCGAGUACGAGGGCACCCUGAUGCGGCACAUGCAGAAACAUUCCAAAUCGGAACAGAACGACGCCCCACCAUCGGCACCCGCCCCUCCCGCAAACACCGAGGAUCCGGUGGCCCCACCCGGAGCCACCCUCGUCUACAAGUGCAAACUUUGCUCGGCCCGCUUCCAAAAACAGAAAUCGAUGACCUGGCAUUUGAAAACCCAUCGGUCCAUUGUGGCCAACGAGGGCAGCACCGCGCAAGAAAUCGAGCAGAGUCUGCACUCGCCGACGCCGAAGACCGGCAACGUUACGGGACCACAGGCGGCGUCAUCUCCGCUCCCUUCGGCGGAUGGCUCAUUUAGUGCCAAGGCGAUGACCGAGAAAAGGGGAUCCUUGAAGAUGUACAAGUGUGGAUACUGUCCGCAGAACCUCGAUUCGGAGGAAGCCUACUAUCAGCACAUGAAGGGUCACCGCGUACGGUCGGAUCCUCUGGAUCCUCUACAAGACGAUAGCGAUAGUCCCCCAUUGAAGAAAAAGCGAGCUUGGGUGCGGUCCGGAGAUCACCAUCGAUGUCACCUAUGCAAAAAGGUGUUCACCUUCCGCAGUCAGCUGCAGCAACAUACCGCUCUGCAUCACCAGCCUGGAAAACCAUAUGAAUGUGGAAAAUGUCACUACAGUUUCGUACACAAAUUAAAUCUCAAACGACAUGAAUUGACACACUUGGAGGAAGAACGGCUGGCCAACGAGGAGGAUGAAGAUCCCAUCAAGCUGCUGGAGGAUGAAAACUUCAACGCAAACCUGGACGAGAUGGUUGAAUCGGUUAUAGAGGAAGGUGACCCCAUCGCUCACGAGGGCAAUGAAACUCAUUCCGCAAGUGGCGAGGCAACCGGCCCUGCGAAACGAAACAAGUGUGUGGUCUGCUCGGCACUGUUCCAACGAGAGGAUCAACUUAUCGAGCAUCUAAAGACCCACAUCGAACGGAUCAAGGUCACCAAACAGGAAACGCAAACCGCUAAGAAGAUUUUCAACGAAGACAGCGAUCGAAAGUGCAAGCUUUGCCAUAAGGUUUUCAAGUUCUCGUGCCAGCUGAAGCAACACAUCCAGAUGCAUCACUCCAAAGAUAAGCCGUUUGAGUGCAACAUUUGCAAGUAUCGAUUCGAAUUUAAAGGACAUAUGAUCCGCCACAAAGCAAACAACCAUGCCGACGAGGUAGCAGCCGAAGAAGCGGAAUCGGACGAGCUUCCUUCCAAAAUCACCACACCGAUUGUCAACUCCGAUGGUGCGGAGGUUUAUCAGUGUCCUGUUUGUCCGAUGAAUUUCAUAAAGCAACGUUCACUGACGUGGCAUCUGAAAACUCACUCUGGCCGGAAGCCCAAAUUAGAAGCAAACGACGGUUAUCCAUCAACGUCCUCCGGUGAGGUAAUGCAAUGUCGUUUUUGCACUCGAACGUUCCGGGAUGUGUACGAGCUGAAAGCUCACAUGGUCACGCAUAUCGGUAGUGGACAUAAUGCUUCCGCGGUAGACUCCGAGCACUCUCUUUUCGGUUCUGGUUUGGAAAUGAUGUUGCAGGAUUUCCCAGAUACUAUGGAGAAUCACAGUGGCGAUCCACUGUUCGAUGCCUCAAACCUGGAGCUGGUCCUUGAGGAUGGCUUCGGCAACGAUGAUCUCGACUUCAAUGUGCGCUAUCACGAUUCUCCUCCUCUUCCUCCUGCAAAGCGAAGCCUUCCUGCAAACGAAAGCUCGGUGUAUGACGUUGCGGAACCUGGGGCAUCAACCACGCCGGCCAAGGGCAAAAUCGUUUGCGAAUUGUGCAAGAAAGAUUUCCUUUAUGCUUGCAACCUGAAGCAACACAUGCAGCUACAUCACGCCAAGGAGAAACCUUUCGAGUGCAAGAUCUGUUUCUAUCGGUUCGAGUACAGUGGGCACUUGGUGCGACAUGUUCGUCAAAACCACGACAACCAGAGCGAUGCCGGCGUUGGGGAAUCGACCGAUAAAAGCUUCGUUUGCACCUUCUGUUCGGAACUGUUCGAAUCCAAGAGUCAACUAAACGGACACAUUCACAAUCACCACAGAGGCGAGAAACAGUUCAAGUGCGAAUUUUGUCCAGCAUCGUUCUCAUAUAAAAAAUCAUACGAUACGCAUCGGGAAGACCAUCACUCAAACAAACGAGCAGACUCAGACUCAACAGUAACGGCGUCUACAUCGACCGGGAGUGCUACUCCAUCUAGCUUUUCGUGUAACUUCUGCAAGAAAAAAUUCAGCUCGGCACAAAAAGUAGACAACCACGUGUGCUUCCAAUAGGAGCAGCCCAUGCGUGGGAGCCGGUAAACUGAAGGAUUUAUCAAAAUCCCACAAAUAAUGUCCCAGAGAUUAGUUCGAUAGAAAUUCAGAAUAGAUCGUAACACUACAAACAUUACACAGAACAACAUGAUAUAAGCUAUAAACAAUUAAUUAUUCGUGUAGAAAUUCUUCCCACUUGCUAGGUAACGCACUAGGGCGAUAGGAAUCAAACACGUGUUUUUAGGACGAUAGUCGACAAUUCUUAAUGCAAACCCAACAAAGAGUAUCUCCAGUGAGGUAAUUCAUAGUACACAAUUGGAAACGUCGAAUAAGCGGUCAGCAAAACAAAGAAUUAGAACGUUCUUUUUUUACUAGUAUAUACCCCUAGCACUUAAGCCAUAUUAGUGUUUAUUAGUAAGUAGCGAUUCGUUUAACAUUAUUUACAACCCAUUAUGAGUCCCCCCAUCUGCGAUGUUCCACAAAUCAUGUAUCUUGUUUAUUUGAGUGCGGUUUAGGCAAAACUUCGUCGUACUAAAAGCACACAAAACAAAAUCCCCCUCGAUCGCUUCUCUCAAUUUUAGGAUUAUUUAUAUUUCAUGUUUACAUUCGUCACACAAGAGUAUUUUUAAGGUGAUUUUUUAUAAAGCAACAAUUUCCCCUUAAGCUGAAUCAACUUUGUGAUGUGUUUCUUUCAUAUUUUUGUUUGCAACUUGCAACUCGCGAGUAUUCGUCGCCUUAUUGUCGAAGUGCUUUUCUGUCACAGGAAGCAAGUAAAACAUUAUUCUGUUUUCGAUUCAAAGUAAUGUUUCUUUUAGUUGUUAGUUAAGUUGCUCUCGUGUUCUGUUUUAACCUUACCGGAAUCGGAAAAUUUUUGUUCGCGAUGUGGAUAGAAUUCGGUAUAACUUGAAUUAAGCUUACACAAAUAUUAUUAUUGAAAUAUUUCUGAACAUAGAACUAACCGUUACGAUUAGAAACAAUGACAGCAAAAUUAGUAUGGCGAACAACCAAUAAGCCCAGCAUAUAAUAGAAUACUAUUAAAUCACUGUAAA